AUGUCUUCUGGUGAAGAGAAGCCCCAACCUGCCUCACAACUUGAUGGCAAAGCCGCUAAGACCACUGAGUUUAUUGUGCUGAACAUCUGUGGCAGGUUGUACAUCCUGGAGAAGAGCGAAUGCUGGAGCAACUGCCAUAGGAAUGAAGUGCUCCUCUCCUUCAGGCCUCCUCAGGACUCAGAAAAGCACAAGGUCUGUCUAUACGAGGCUGGUGAUGUCAAGGGCCGUAAGACAGAGAUCAUCGAUGACGAUGUGCCCAGUCUGUACGCCUACGCCUUCACUGACCGAGUUGGCAGCAUUGUGGUCAGCUGUGGCACCUGGGUGGGCUCCCACUGCCCAGGUUACCACGGCAGCCGCUACCUGCUGGAGCAGGACGACUACCGACACUUUAACGAGUACGGUGCCCACUUGCCCCAGAUGCAGAACGUGAGGCACAUCUGUGACAUGCAGUGGCGUCCACACAGCUGCUACACCACAGCCUCCAAGUAG